GCAUAUCCAAACAACCUAAAAUUUCAGCUAACAUAUUACUUAAAUUGCUUAAGUGAGAGAAAGCUUCCUGUCUCUGCAAAACCAACUCCAUCAUAUCCACUAUAUAGAAAAAUGUUGGAGAAAAUGCAAGAAAGAGUAGAGGUUGAGGAGGUUGUGGAAGAAUUCGAGUUGUUAACAAAAGAUGCAGGGAGAGUUCAGAGGGAAACGCUGAAGAAAAUCUUGGAGCAAAAUGGUGCAACUGAGUAUCUCUCCCAAUGGGGUCUUAACGAAAGAACUGAUCCAGACACCUACAGGGCUUGUGUCCCCGUUGUCACUCAUGCCGAUAUCGAGCCCUAUAUUCGACGGAUUGCCGAUGCCGGAAUCCUUCAUAACUCAUCCAUCAUCACCGCCAAACCCAUCCCCGCCAUGUCCUUGAGUUCGGGCACUACUCAAGGGAAGCCAAAGUACCUACCCUUCAACGAUGAUUUGGUCGAGAACACCGUGCAAGUUUAUAAGACCUCAUUUGCCUUCAGAAACAGAGAAUACCCAAUCGACAACGGAAAAGCGCUACAAUUCAUCUACAGCAGCAAGCAGUUCACCACCAAAGGCGGCCUCCGAGCCGGCACCGCCACCACUCACCUCUUCAGCAGCCCCGAUUUCAAACAGACGCUGCGAGCGACGCAGCGCCCGUGCUGCAGCCCCGACGAGGUCAUCUUCGGCUGCAACUACCAUCACUCCUUAUACUGCCACCUACUCUGCGGCCUCCUCCACAGCGACCACAUCCAGCUCAUCUCCUCCACCUUCGCCCACAGCAUCGUCCACGCUUUCCGCACCUUCGAGCACAUCUGGCACCACCUCGUCGCCGACAUCCGCCGCGGCUCCCUAAGCAGCCGCAUCACCUCCACCCCGAUCCAAUCCGCCAUGGCGAAGCUCCUCCUCCAGCCCGACCCUAAUCUCGCCGACGCCAUCAACCAAAAAUGCCUAACCCUCAGCAAUUGGUACGGAUUGAUCCCGGCGCUCUUCCCUAAUGUGAAGUAUAUCUACGGCAUCAUGACCGGCUCCAUGGAGCCCUACAUUAACAAGCUCCGGCACUACGCCGGAGAAAUCCCAUUAGUGAGCGCCGAUUACGGAGCUUCUGAGGGUUGGAUCGGAGUGAAUGUGAACCCUAAGUCGCCGCCGGAGGAGGCAACAUUUGCGGUGGUUCCGAACGUCGGCUAUUUCGAAUUCAUCCCGUUGGAUUCAGGCGGAGAAGCGGUGGGGCUGACGGAGGUGGAGAUCGGGAAGGAGUACGAGGUGGUGACGACGAGCUUCGCAGGAUUGUACCGUUACAAGCUGGGCGACGUGGUGAGGGUGGAGGGGUUCCGCAACGGGACUCCGGAGGUGAGAUUCGUGUGCCGGAGGAACGUGGUGCUCAGCAUAAACCUCGACAAGAACACGGAGAGGGAUCUGCAGGUGUCAGUGGAGGCGGCAGCAAAGGUGGCGGCAGCGGAGAAGGUGGAGGUGGUGGACUACACGAGCUGCGUGGAGGCGUCGACGGAGCCGGCGAGAUACGUGGUGUUCUGGGAGAUGAGCGGAGGGGCGAGCGAGGAGGUGGUGGAGGAGUGUUGCAAUUGCUUGGAUCGGUCGUUCGUGGACGCGGGGUAUGUGAGCAUGCGGAGGAUAAAUGGGAUUGGGGCACUGGAGCUCAGGAUAUUGAAGCGGGGAACAUUCCAGAAGGUAAUGGAUCACUUUGUGGGAAUGGGAGGAGCGGUCAGCCAGUUCAAGACUCCGCGUUGCGUUGGCCCUGCUAAUGGGAAGCUCAUGCAGAUAUUGGCGGCCAAUGUUGUCAAGACUUGUUUCAGCACUGCCUAUUGAUUUUCACUUACACUAUGUUUAGUGUGCAUGUCCUUGUUAAAUUUUGUGUUUGUGUUCGUAGAUGUAUGUCAUGGAAGUUUCACCUUUCGGAUUUAAAUAUAAAAUUAAAAUUAAAAUUGUUUUGACGCA